CCCGGUUUCGGAAAGGGAAUACGCAACCAACAAAAGUUUUUUAAAAAUUGAGCUAGCUACGACAUCAAUCUCCCCCCACACGAAGACAGCCAUCAGAAUGACUUCGACGAACAUGUUUUCAGGACUCGAUAAUGGCGCAAAGCCAAGUUCAAGAGUCCUGCGUCCCCCCGGAGGUGGCUCCAGCGACCUGUUUGGUGGCUACGAGGAAGAAGCAGCUGCAUCGAGACGGCCCCACAAGAUGGCCUCCAACCUUUUCGCCCCGCCAGAGCCCCAGUGUGUCAUCAGGCGAACCAACCCCCCAGGGGGUAAAAGCAGUGGGAUAUUUGGUUCUCCAGAGGCCCCAGCCGAGCAACAGAGACCCGUACCCCCAGGCGGCAACACCAACAACAUCUUCGGGGGGCUUGAGAGCGCCCCUCCCUUGGUCAAAUCCCAUUCCAACAAGCCAAAGGACAACAUUUCUGUGGGUGAAAGUGCCAUGCCCAUUCCCGAGCCCCCAGCUCCUCAGCCAAAGGAGAGCCCGGCCAAGGAGGUGGAGGAGGAGAAUGUUGCCUCCCCUCCCCCCACACCCACCAAAGCAGUGGUGGAGCCUGCGCCUGCUCCCUCGGCCAAGAAGCCAGAGCCAGAGGCCUCCCUUAGUGAGCUCUCACUGAAGGACCACGAGCCCCACCUUGGCCCCCGCCCCCGCUCCCACAACAAGGUCCUUAACCCCCCAGGAGGGAAGUCUAGCGUGGUCUUCUACUGAUCCAGCUCCUCCAUCCCAUCGUCUCUAUUCAUGUCUACAUCCCAAAUGGCACCCUAUUCCCUAUAUAAGUAACGCUUGUCCGAGCCAGAACGGCGCAUAGGGCAGGAGCCUUUCUCUUGUUUCUGUAGCGUGAGGCUGCUUGAUGCACAAGUACACCCCCAUGACAGGACGCUAGUUUAUGGGCCCUGGUCAAAAUUAGUGGACUGUAUAGGGAACGGUGUCAUUUGGGACACAACCCAUGCCCACCAUUUUUCUCUGUUCUGUUCAUUUUCCCUAUUCACUCUGGAAGAAAAUAAUCUCAACAAUAAUUUUUACAUUCUAAAUUCCUGUCCAAUCAUUCAAAAUGGUUAAAUUCCCGAUUCAUUGCAAGGGUUCUAUUUCUUGCUGUAAAUGUUAAUUUUUUUUAUUACAUGGGUUUUAAUGUUAUUGUGUUGAUUACAAAGGCAGAGUGAGUUCAUUUAGUCAGUUAUACCAAAAACAAUCACUGGCAUCAAAGGUCCUGAUGGAAAUUCUAAAUUGUCAGCAUUGAGACCUCUGUUGCCUAUGCACACUGUUGUCAUGGUAAGCCCUGAAGUGAUCACAAUCACGAUUUACUGUCAGUUUGUUGACAAUAACACAUCCCAAAUCAUGCUCAUUCUAUCCUCCAUUUCAUCCCACUCCUUUACGUUCUCUCCACUGAUAAUCAAACCCAUCUUAAGUUUCUGUCUGCAACCAGAAACAGAAACUUUUGUUCAGGGAGAAAAUGCAAAGCAAAGAGCUACGGGCAGUACCCAUGAUGCAUUCCCCACCCCCAAAGUUCUUCUUUGGAAGAAAUUCCAUUAUGAUUUUUAUAUAUUGCCCAUGCAAAUGGCUGAAUGUAUUGUAUGUUGUGGUUGUUCCCUGCUCUGUUACCAUUGCUUGCUGUUAUCAGAGGAUGGUAUCCACUCGGGGAGGCCUUGUAUGUUUUAAAUUAAAACGGCUGCUGCUCUGGAAUAGUACAUGACCGGGAAAAAUACGGGUGUGGACUUGGGAGACCCUAAGGAACCCUUAGCCACCCACACACCGCACCACGUUCCAGGCUGCCUACGUAGCAGUCGCGCACCAAAUCUUACGCCUGGAUAAGUGUUUUAACAUGUCAGUAACCAGUAUGACUAGUUUCUCAUCAAUAACGUAUAAACCUUUUAAUUAAGACUUUGGUGGAAGUCUAGUGAGUUCAGUGUAUAUUUGAAGGGUCUUUGCUUCUGGAAUAGCCAGGAGAAUAUUUUUUUUUGUCAGUAGCUAGGUUACCCUCCAAUUGUCAACAGAAUUUCAUGCGAAUAUUCAAUCUGCAUAAAAACAAUAUUUGCAUUUUCCCACCAGAGAUGUUUCCAUCAAAUUGACUU